AUGACCACCGCGCCGGUCGUCUCCCCCUCGCUCUCCCGACUACACUCCGCGCUGGCCUCUCCGUUCCCCAAAGCCCCCGUUGGGUCCGGGGCUGGGGUCGCCUUCCCCGCCCGGCCGUACGGGCCAUCGCUUCGCCUGAGGUCGGCCGUCAUGGCUGCCAGCGGCGUCGGCGGGAACGGCUCUCCGAUGGCGCCUGAGGAAUCCGCAGUGUCGUCUAGGUUGGGGGAGGUCAAGAGGGUAACCAAGGAGACAAAUGUGCAUGUCAAGAUCAACCUGGAAGGCACUGGUGUUGCAAACUCCAGCACAGGGAUACCCUUCUUGGAUCACAUGCUUGAUCAACUGGCAUCUCAUGGACUGUUUGAUGUAUACGUGAAGGCGACGGGUGACACACACAUUGAUGAUCAUCACUCAAAUGAGGAUAUUGCUUUAGCAAUUGGAACGGCAUUACUUCAAGCACUUGGUGACCGAAAAGGAAUUAACCGGUUCGGGCAUUUUACAGCACCACUUGAUGAGGCAGCAGUUGAGGUUAUACUGGAUCUAUCUGGUCGACCUCAUUUGAGUUGCGGCUUAAGCAUUCCUACCGAGAGAGUUGGCACAUAUGAUACACAGCUAGUUGAGCACUUUUUCCAGUCCCUUGUGAAUACAUCUGGCAUGACGCUUCACAUCCGUCAGCUUGCGGGGAACAACUCACACCAUAUUAUCGAGGCAACUUUCAAAGCAUUUGCCAGGGCGCUUCGGCAAGCAACGGAAUAUGACUUACGCCGGCGUGGCACUAUCCCCAGCUCAAAAGGUGUUCUGUCAAGGUCUUAG